CCCCCUCCAGUGCGCCCUGUGGCCUUUCCGGUGUGUUCCUGCAGAGAGGCACCGAGGUCCUGUUCUCAGGGCCUUGGCUCGUGUUACGUCAUAGAUAUGCGCGUGUCGCUGCUUUGAGUACUUUCCUGGGCGGGAACAGCAAAAUGGCGCCAGAACUAGUGGCGGGUUGAGUACACCGUAUUCCUCGGAAGCCGGUCCUGCGGCCCUCUUGCCGCCCGGCCCCUCCCGGACAUGGAGGACGUGGAGGCGCGCUUCGCCCACCUCUUGCAGCCCAUCCGCGACCUCACCAAGAACUGGGAGGUGGACGUGGCGGCCCAGCUGGGCGAGUAUCUGGAGGAGCUGGACCAGAUCUGCAUUUCUUUUGACGAAGGCAAAACCACGAUGAACUUCAUUGAGGCAGCGUUGCUGAUCCAGGGCUCGGCCUGCGUCUACAGUAAGAAGGUGGAGUACCUCUACUCACUCGUCUACCAGGCUCUCGACUUCAUCUCUGGCAGGAGGCGGGCCAAGCAGCUCUCUGCGGCGCAGGAAGACAGGGCCAAUGGGGAUGCCAGCUCAGGGGCUCCCCUGGAGGCGGAGGAUGAGUUGCUGUCACUAGAUGACUUCCCGGACUCGCGGGCCAACGUGGAUCUGAAGAAUGACCUGGCACCCAAUGUGAGUGUCCCAGCCCCUUUACCUCGGGUGGGGCUGGCACUUCCCCUGGAGGUCCUCACCGUCCCCCUCCUGCCCAUGGCCCUGGUGGCCCCUGAUGAAAUGGAGAAGAACAACUACCCCCUGUACAGCCAUCAGGGCGAGGUCCUGGCCAGUCGGAAGGAUUUCAGGAUGAAUACGUGCACCCCCCACCCCAGAGGGGCCUUCAUGUUGGAGCCGGUGGGCACGUCCCCCGUGGAGCCCAUGGGCAUGUCCCCCAUGCCAAGGAGCCAGCAGGAUGCCGAGAGGCCUGAGGAGCAGCUGAUGGAAGUGUCUAUGUGCGGGAGUCCCGUUCCUGUGCCCGGCCUCUCCCAUGAGCCCGGCACCUCUCCAGAAGGCCCGAUGCCCAGUGGCAGGGGUGAGGACGAGGACGCAGAGGAGGCGGGAGAGCUCCCUGAGGCCACAGCCCCCCAGUGUCCCCUGGAGCCUGAGGAGCCCAGGAGCCCACAGCAGAGUGCUGCCCUGCCCAGGAGGUACCUGCUGCGUGAACGAGAGGGGGCCCCAGAGCCUGUGUCCCGGCUGAAGGAGACUCCAGACCCCUGGCAGAGCCUGGACCCUUUCGACUCCCUGGACUCUAAGCCCUUCAAGAAAGGCAGGCCUUACUCUGUGCCCCCUGGUGUGGAGGUGGCUCCAGGACAGAAGCGCAAGAGGAAGGGUGCUGCCAAGCUGCAGGACUUCCACCAGUGGUACCUGGCUGCCUAUGCUGACCAUGCUGACCACAGGAGGUCCCGGCAAAAGGGCCCAUCCUUUGCAGACAUGGAGGUCCUGUACUGGGAGCAUGUGCAGGAGCAGCUGAAAACCCUCCGGAAGCUGCAGAGGAGGGAGAUGGGCAAGCAGUGGCUGCCGAGGGUUGAGGAGAGGCUGUGGCCUUCAGAGGAAGACCGCCUGGAGGAUUCCCUGGAGGACCUGGGGGCAGCAGCAGAUGACUUUCUAGAGCCAGAGGAGUACGUGGAGCCUGAAGGGGCAAACCCCAGGGAGUCUGCUGCCGUGGAUGCAGAGGCCAUGCCGGAGUCCCUGAGCUAUGAGGAGCUGGUUCGAAGGAAUGUGGAGCUGUUCAUCGCCACCUCCCAGAAGUUUGUGCAGGAGACAGAGCUGAGCCAGCGUGUCAGGGAGUGGGAGGACACUGUCCGGCCCCUGCUCCAGGAGCAGGAGCAGCACCUGCCCUUUGACAUCCACACCUACGGGGACCAGGUGGUGUCACAGUUCCCACAGCUCAACGAGUGGUGUCCCUUUGCAAAGCUGGUGGCCGGCCAGCCUGCCUUCGAGGUGUGUCGCUCCAUGUUGGCCUCCUUGCAGCUGGCCAACGACUACACGGUGGAGAUUGCCCAGCAGCCGGGGCUGGAGACAGCCGUGGACACAAUGUCCCUGAGACUGCUCACGCACCAGCGAGCCCACAAGCGCUUCCAGACCUAUGCUGCCCCCUCCAUGGCCCAGCCCUGAGUGGGGAACACCGAGUGCUGCUUGGCCUCCAUGGACUGCUGGUAGAGACACACACAGAUGAAAACGCACCCCAUUUAAUGACAGCUUGUGGCAGCUCAUGAUAGCACGCUGCGGAAGGCAGCCAUGUGCCGCUGCACACUGUCUACGAUCUGCUCGGCUGACCUGCCCCGGCCAUAGUAGUCAGUGAAGAGGCCAUCUGGGUUGAGCAGGUAGAUGGCGAUGGAGUGGUCCACAAUGUAGUCUUGGUCCUCGUC